AUGAUUAAUGAUCUAGGUCUCUCAAAUGACAACUACACAAUUAAGGUCCGAAUUAUCCGGCUUUGGAAACAAACAACUUGGUCGAAACCACAUGAGACACGACAAAUCGGAAUGAUUUUAAUGGAUGAAGAGGGCAAUAAAAUUGAAUGCACUGUGGAGAAACAAUAUGUUAUACUGGGAAAAACACUUGAAGAAUAUGCUGAUGUUUACAUUCAUAAGCCAACACUUGGUUUAUAUGUUGAUGAUGCCAUGAAGUUUGUUGACAUUCAAAACAAAUUGUUUUUUCAAUAUACCACUAGAGUAAACAAGUGCAUUGGUUUUAAUGGGCCCUUGAAUUCUUUCGCUUUUGCAAACUUCCAAGAUCUUAUCGAUAAGGCGAUCCCUUCAACUGUUUCUUUUGGGCGUGUAUAUGUGAAUAACACAUAUUUAGCAACAAAGUUAUUCAUUGAUGAGCAAGUUGAAGAAAUUAUUGAUUUCAAAAAAAAUGGAUCGGCUUCUUCAUGUUCUCGUGCUACAACGUCUUCUAUCAUGUAUACUGUACAUGAUGACUUUCUGAAAAAUACUAAAUUCUACCAGAUUUCCAUGAUCCAUGAAUUAGAUGAGGGGAGUUAUGCCAUCAUUCUUGGAGCAAUUAAGAUGUUUGAAGAUAAUCAACAAUGGUACUACCCGGCUUGCAAGAACUGUAAGAGAAAGGUUCAUAAAAUGCCCAUUGAACAGGCCAAUGUUUUGGACCAUGUAGCUGAGAAUGAAUCUUGGGUAUGUACACAGGAGAAGUGCAAAAAACAAGUCAUAGUUGCUGAACCAAGUUUUAUGCUCAAAAUUCGAGUACAAGGCUUGGUGGGAGUAGUGACACUUACUCUGUUUGAUCGGGAUGUUAGAAGUAUUCUAAACAUUUCAGCAUCAGAUUUGAUAGAAAAGUAUGAAAAGAUGGGUGAGACUGUUGCUUUUCCUGUUGAGAUCAAUGAACUUAUUGGUAGAAAAAUGGCUUUCAAAAUUAUAGUUAGAGGCUUUACCUCUGGAAGAAAAUACAUCCGUAGUUACAACAUAUCAAAGAUAAGUGAUGAUGUUGACAUAAUUUCUGCGCUCGAGAAGCUUGAAAAAGCAAACCACAUUGAACAGGACACUGAAACUGAGUCUGUUAAUGUCGUGGUCUCAGAUUUCAACUCUCAGGAUACAAUUGGUUUUAAGGGUUCUGCUUCCUUCGUUGCUGAUAAUACUCCUAUCUCUACUUUUCCAAAUACCAUUUCAAUGAGUCCAUCAACCAACCAUGACACCACUAGCCUGCUUUCACCAACUACCAAUGUGAAACGUAAACUUGUAGAUGUUUACGAUCUAGAAGAUACUGUUUGUGAGUCAUCAACAAAACCUUCUAAAAAAUCCAUUGGAAUCAAGGAAACUGUCGUGUCCACCCAACUAUUGAUUCCUAAAGUCGAGAAGUGA